CCCGCUCCCGCACUCACCCCGCACGGCGGAGGCGGACGGGCCCGCGGCGCUCCGCUCCGCAAAGGACGGGAGGCUCCUCGGCGCCCUGGAAGUGCGGGCGGGACCGUCCCGGGGCUGCCGGAGACUCGCCGGAGCGUCUUGCCCGCCCGCCGCCGCAGCUGCUGCUGCUGCAGCCGGGGAAGGCUGAGGAGGCGGGCAGAAGAAGCGGCAGCCGGAGCAGCACAGAAGACAGAGGGACGGAGCGAAGGGCAGCGCUGCCCUCGCACAGCCGCGCUCCCGGGCAUCGCCGCCGCGCCCCGGCCAUGGGGAAGCCGACGCCGCCUCUGCAGUGACCGCGGGACGCGGCACCCGCGCGGUCCUCCGCCGGCAGAAAGACUCAGACACCCCCCAAAACCUGAAAGCAAAAACCCACAUCUUCCAUAUCCAUUCCUAUAUAAAGUGAAAUAAAGAGAGGAGAAGGGCUGCGCCCAGCGAUGAGGAGCGGGGGGCGGCUGCCGGCGCUGGCGCCGGUGCUGGCGGCGCUGCUGGGGCUGUGCAGCGCCGAGCGCAGGGCGCUGGUGCUGCCGCGGCGCCUGGGCGCGCCCGGCGCCCGAGAGCGCUUCCGCCUGGAGGCCUUCGGGGAGCGCCUGACGCUGGAGCUGGAGCCCGACAGCAGCUUCCUGGCCCCGGACUUCACCCUGCAGUACCUGGGCGGGCCGCCGCCGCCGCCCGAGGACGACCUCUCCCGUUGCUUCUACUCCGGCACCGUGAACCGGGACCCCGGCUCGGCGGCCGCGCUCAGCCUGUGCGCGGGGCUGCGCGGCGCCUUCUCGCUGCGGGGCCGCCAGUACCUCAUCCAGCCCGCGCCCGGCACCGCGCACCGCCACGGGCCGCACCUCCUGCGCCUCCGCGGCGCCCCGCGGGCCGCCCCCGCCGCCCGCUGCGCCGUGGCCGAGGCGGGGGCCGGGGCGGAGGGGCCCGAGCCCGCCGAGCCCGCAGAAACGAGAAGCAGGAGGAAGAAGAGGUUCGUGUCCAGCCCCCGCUACGUGGAGACCAUGCUGGUGGCCGACCAGUCCAUGGCUGAAUUCCACGGCAGCGGGCUGAAGCACUACCUGCUGACCCUGCUCUCCGUGGCCGCCAAGCUGUACAAGCACCCCAGCAUCCGCAACUCCAUCAGCCUCGUGGUGGUGAAGAUCAUGGUCAUUUACGAGGAGCGCAAGGGCCCCGACAUCUCCUCCAACGCUGCCCUGACUCUGAGGAACUUCUGCAGCUGGCAGAAGCAGCACAACCCGCCCAGCGACCGGCACGCCGAGCACUACGACACAGCCAUCCUCUUCACCAGGCAGGACCUGUGCGGUGCCAAGACAUGUGAUACUCUUGGGAUGGCUGAUGUGGGAACAGUUUGUGAUCUAAACCGCAGUUGCUCUAUCAUAGAAGACGAUGGUUUGCAGGCUGCCUUCACAACAGCCCACGAAUUAGGCCACGUGUUUAACAUGCCUCAUGACGAUGCAAAGCAGUGUGCUGGCAUCAAUGGAAUGAGCCGGGAUUUCCACAUGAUGGCAUCCAUGCUCUCCAACCUGGACCGCAGCCAGCCCUGGUCUCCAUGCAGUGCCUACAUGAUUACAACAUUUUUGGAUAACGGUCAUGGGGAAUGCUUGUUGGACAAGCCCCACAGGCCCAUCCAGCUGCCUUCGGACUUGCCUGGCACGCUGUACGAUGCCAACAGGCAGUGCCAGUUCACAUUUGGAGAUGAGUCCAAGCACUGCCCCGACGCAGCCAGUACGUGCACGACGCUGUGGUGCACGGGCACCUCGGGAGGGCUGCUGGUGUGCCAAACCAAACACUUCCCCUGGGCAGACGGCACCAGCUGCGGGGAAGGGAAGUGGUGCAUGAAUGGCAAGUGUGUGAAUAAGACUGAGAAGAAGCAUUAUGAUACGCCAGUGCACGGGGGCUGGGGGUCCUGGGGGGCGUGGGGUGAGUGCUCCCGAAGCUGCGGCGGGGGAGUGCAGUAUUCCUUCCGGGAAUGCGACAACCCCGUCCCGAGGAACGGGGGCAAGUACUGCGAAGGGAAGCGGGUGCAGUACAGGUCCUGUAACAUCGAGGACUGCCCCGACAACAAUGGCAAAACAUUCAGGGAGGAACAGUGUGAAAAGCACAACGAGUUUUCCAAGUCUGCCUUCGGUAGUGGACCUGCAGUGGAGUGGACACCCAAGUUUGCUGGUGUGUCUCCAAAGGACAGAUGCAAGCUGGUUUGCAGAGCCAAAGGAACAGGAUACUUCUUUGUUCUACAGCCAAAGGUGGUGGAUGGCACCCCGUGCAGCCCCGACUCCACGUCCGUGUGCGUGCAGGGGCAGUGCGUGAAGGCCGGCUGCGACCGCACCAUCGGCUCCAACAAGAAGUUUGACAAGUGCGGCAUCUGCGGGGGCAACGGCUCCACCUGCAAGAAGGUGUCUGGCACCCUCGUUAGAGCCAAACCUGGCUACCACGAUGUGGUCACCAUCCCGGCGGGGGCCACCAACAUCGAGGUGAAGCAGCGGAACCACCGGGGCGCGAGGCACGACGGCAGCUUCCUGGCCAUCAAAGCGGCCGACGGCACCUACGUCCUCAACGGCGACUACACGCUGUCCACGCUGGAGCAGGACAUCACCUACAAGGGCAGCGUGCUGCGCUACAGCGGCUCCUCGGCCGCCCUGGAGCGUAUCCGCAGCUUCAGCCCGCUCAAGGAGCCGCUGACCAUCCAGGUGCUGACGGUGGGUGACCUGCCGCAGCCCAAGAUCAAGUUCACCUACUUCGUGAAGAAGCCGGUGCAGCCUGGUGUGGACAAGGUGGCGGCGGGCAGGAAGAAGGAAUCCUUCAAUGCCAUCAGGGAGAUCAUCUCCUCGGAGUGGGUGAUCGAGGAGUGGGGCGAGUGCUCCAAGUCGUGCGGCUCGGGCUGGCAGCGGCGCGCCGUGGAGUGCCGGGACCCGCGGGGCCAGCCGGCCACCGACUGCGCCCGCGAGCUGAAGCCCAGCAACCUGCGGCCCUGUGCCGACGUGCCCUGCCCACAGUGGCAGCUGGGGGACUGGUCCCCCUGCUCCAAGACGUGUGGGAAAGGCUUCAAGAAGAGGUUGUUGAAAUGUGUCUCUUCCGACGGCAGCGUGCUGCCCCAAGAAAGCUGUGAGCCCUCCAAGAAACCCAAGCACCUGAUAGACUUCUGCAACGCCACGGACUGCAGCUAGAUAGGAUGGCUUGGGAAAGCUAAAAAGCUAAAACUUUUUUUUUUAUUAUUAUUAUUAUUUUAUUUUAUUUUUUUCCUUCAGACCAGUGCACUGAAAAACACAAAAGAGGGCUAGAGGCAGCACCUGUUUUUUCGCGUGAAAAAAAUUCACGGUGAAGAUCCGUUGAGGUGGGACAGUGCAAACAGCUUGAUGAAUUGGCUUUGCAUCCCAAAAAUCCCCUGCCAACUGCAAAUUGGAUGGGACAGCAGACCCAUGUCAUUCAUUUCUCUUUAGCAGAUAAGGCCCAAAGGCAUCAGAAUUGCCUUUUUUAAAGUCUGUUAUAAAUUAAGACAAAAGUGAGCAGUGAGACACAUUUCAGCAAACAUUUUGGGGUUUGGUUAUUUCUC